GAUUCCUCUCAACCUCCUUCUCGUUCUUCGGAUUUUCCCGCCGAAAAUGACGAAGACGAAUCGGGAAUCGCAGAACGAAACUGGGAAGCGUGUCAUCACUUACAAGACGAAGGAGGUCUAUUUUUUUGGAAGAAAGACGCGAAUCAUUCUCCAGAACGAGAAUGGACCGUGUCCUCUGAUCGCCAUUUGUAAUGUUCUUCUCUUGAGAAACAAGAUGAAACUAUAUGCGAACUGUUUUCAAGUUUCUCAAGAUAAAUUGCUGAGUCUUGUGGCCGACGUCCUGUUUGAGGCCACCAGUGGUGUUGAUAGCUAUGAUGAUGAGUAUAUCAAGAACCUUUCUGAUGCCAUUGAUCUCCUCCAACGCUUUGCAGAUGGCAUUAAUGUCAAUAUAAGAUUCAGGAGUAUUGAUGAUUUUGAGUUAACACCUGAGCUUGCUAUAUUUCAAUCACUGAAGAUUCCCUUAUGUCACGGAUGGAUUGUUGAUAACGAGGAUUUUCAAACUGCUACUGCAAUUGGAUGCAAGUCUUAUAAUGAUCUGAUGACCGGGCUUGUUACCUUGGAGACACAGGCUCGAAGCUGUCAAAUCGAACGCUCUAUCGAUUUUACUGCAACUCUAGAGGUUCCUUCACAACGUUGCUCGAAAACAAGUUCCUUCGCUGACUCUACACCUACAUCUGCAGAGCAUGGUAGAUUGAGAAGGGGAGAUGUUGAAGAAGAAAUAGUGUUGCUUCGAGCCUUGAAAUUAUCUGAAAGAGAAAAGCUUGGUUUUGAUACUUGCAGAGACUCAAGCAGUGGAGGAGAGUCUGUGUCUGAGGAUGACACAUUGCUAGAUUCUGUGGAUACUAUAACCCCUGGCAGUAGUAAUAUCUGUCAUCAGUCCAAAUGUGAUGAUCAAUUUUUUUCUAAGGAAUCAGAAGAUGAGACAGAUUUUGAUGUCGGGGAAGUGGUAUGUUCGGCAACAUCAAUUACGAAGAGCAGUGGAGCUCUUGACCAUGGUCAGUUAUCUUCAACAGAAUUGGGAGAUGAUACGGUUUGUGAGGUUGAGACUGAGAAGAGCAGCAAAACGAAUGCUUUGCAUGUGACAUCUUCUGACACAAUCUCUGCAGAGAAAGCUAAUCUGGAGUCAAUCAAAAUUGACAGCAGUUCUGAGAUUCCACUCAAGUCUGAAGCUGUAACUUCUAUCAAUCCAGAUCUUAGUGGCAGCUCCCAAGAUGAUGACAAACCCCGGUAUGAAGCUGAAUGUGUAAGCUUAGGGUCUCCAGUUAUUGAAGAGAGGGAUACAAAUGGGCUCACAUCAGAAGAUGGUAAACUGAUCAAAAACUUUCUGAGCAAUAAUCUCAGCCAGUUAACUGAUAUUGGAAUCUAUUACUUGCAAGAAGAACUUAUAGAAGGUGAACUUUGUGUCUUCUUCCGCAACAAUCACUUCUACACCAUGCUGAAGCAUGAUAAUGCACUCUAUACCUUGGUUACUGAUGAAGGCUACCUGAACGAGCGAGAUGUGGUUUGGGAGAAAUUAUACCAGGUUAGUGGCGAUUCUGUCUUCGUGAAUGGUGAGUUCAAGGUCUUUAACUGUGACAGUGGCAAAUGGGAUCAACAGAGUGCAGUCAGUAAUACUGCGGAUUAUAUCUUCGGCAUCAACAGUUCAUCAAAAGAAGGCAUGGAGAUUGACCCGGAUCUUAAAAUGGCGAUGGAGCUGCAGCAACAAGAGUUAAGUGGUGGUAGCAUUGAUUUUGAGUGUGUGAUAUCUCUUCAGGUACCAAUACGAAGCAGUCACAUGUCUUCUUCAAUACAAGAAGUGAAAACAGUCCAAAGAUGGCCAAUGUACAGUCAUGUGUAUAGAUCCUCCUCGUGUCUCCUUCUGUGUAGAGUUUAG